AAUCGUCUCUGAGAUAACCUUGUCAUCGUAAAGCCUAAAGGUUGAUUUUCUGCGAGUGGUUUCAGACAGAUUUUUUUUUUGUUAACGCCCGUAAGCACGUUAACUUUUUUACAACUUUAAUUAAAUCAAAACUCACCAUGCUUGGUUCAAAAGCCGUACAAGCGCUUAGGCAAUUCUCGACUACUGCAGUUAGAAGAGGACACGCUUAUGAAGGUCCGGGACAUAAUUUGCCAUUUGAUGUGUUCAGCAAGUACAAAUUUACUCUUUACACAGCACUUUUCUUUAGCUCCGGUUUUGGUCUUCCAUUCUUAAUGGUCAGAUACGUCAGGAAGAGGAGUGGAUAAAUAAUUGUCAUCAAUUUUUUAUG